CAAUCUUUGCAAUCCGCGACCACCUUCCUUUUCUUUCUUCUUUCCCUUCCCGUUAUUGCUGCAUUCACCCACUCGUUCCCCUCCCUUAUUUUUCCUUGUUUUAUUUUAUUUAUACCUCCGAUGCUCAAAUUCGCUUCGCUCGCACUGGCAGUGGCCGCGCUCCUCUCCCACGCCGCCGCAUACACAACCAUCAUGCUGCCCAACUCCCAGGAAUGCUACAACGAGCGCAUGAAGCACAACGACCACUUUUCAAUUACCUUUGAGACCGCUGGAAAGCUGCCCAUUGACUUUUCACUCUUGGAUGCGUACAAUAACCCUGUUUACUCGCUGCCCCACUCCGGAGAGGGAAGUUACGGUUACGCGGCAACAUCCGACGGACGCUACUCGUACUGCUUCAAAAACAACGCGCCUCAUGAGAUCGUCGUCAACUUUAACCCGCACGGGCCUGAGGAGGAGAUAUAUCUGGUUGACCAUGAUGCUACGCCCGCGGAGAACGAGGUUCGCAAAUUGUCGCAUAACGUGGAGGAGGUCAGAGACCACUUUAACUUUAUGCUUUUCCGUAAUGAGGUGCAUGAUAGCAAUGUGGAGGAUACCCAGCGCCGUAUGUUCCACUGGGCUGUGCUGCAGACUUUGGCUUUGGCUGGUGUCUGUGGAUGGCAGAUCUACUAUGUGCGUUCGCUGUUCAAGGUGCGCGGCGUGGUUUAAACAAGUUAAUUUUGUUUUCUAUGGAUUUUUUUAAAGAUAAAACAUAUAUAUAUAUAUAUAUAUAUAU